AUACACGCCUCGCUUCCCUAGGGGGCUCCUCGCUGGAAACCGACUCGACUAGGCUGGGCUGGGCUGAGCUGGCUGUAGACUUCCCUGGACUAUGAGGGGAGGAGUGUGGGAGGGAGGGAGGGAGGGAGUGCGUGGGCGUGAACCGUUCCCGACAGAAACCAACCAGCCUAGCUCACUCACACCCACCAUCAGAGGAGAACGAGUGGACUGGCACCGGUUCUUUCGUCCGUUCGUCUGUUCCCUUUUUUUUCCUUCCCAGCUGGGGGGAUCCGCCCUCCACCUCGCGCCCUUUUCCUUUUUCUCCUCUCUUGCCCCCCAUCCCUCCUCCUUCCUCGUCGUCCCAUCUAUCUCCCCAUCGUCAUCCUCGUCGUUCACGGCAAUCCCUUCCUCUACUUUUCCUCUUCCCCCACUCCUUUUUUAUUUCCUAUUCACAGUCACUCCUUCAAAUAAUUCAACCAUCAACUCAACUUCCGAAUCCCGUCACUCCUUUCCGGGACUUCUCAUUACAUUCCUUCCAGUCUGGUCGAAGUUGAAACAUUCAUUCUUCGCGAAUCCACGACACUAUUUACACAUCCCAUCUCUUGAUCCUCUUGUUGGAUCUCGGACCACGCUCCUUAGCAUCUUUGCCUCGCGGCUCCUUCUAUACCUUCCCUAGCUGUGCAGCACACCAUUUUACCACCUUACCCUCCACCUCUUGUGCCUUUGAGCGUCCCCGAGAACUACCCACCCUAUUCGAACCCUCACGUCGCCUUCCGGACACGGUUUAUAC